AUGAAUACCUCAUCACUGAUCACGAUCGGUCUCGCGAUCUCGGUCGUGUUCAUGUUCUGGACCCUGUCUUCGACCACGUCGUCGCCAUUUGCUGGGGCCUUCCCUCGCAUCUACAACAAACGGAUCUGCUUACUGAUUGCUCACCCCGAUGAUGAAGCCAUGUUCUUUGCGCCUACCGUUCUGGCCCUCACCCAACCGGAGUACGGCAAUCAUCUCAAGAUUCUCUGUCUUAGUACAGGCGACGCAGACGGGCUCGGACACAUCCGCAAGAAAGAACUCGUGAAGAGCGCCCUACAACUGGGCCUGCGCAGCGAAUCGGACGUCUACGUCGUGGACGACCCCACUCGAUUCCCUGACAGCAUGACCGCGCACUGGACGGAGAACGACGUCGCCUCGCUCCUUGCGUCAGCGUUCGCGCCGGAACCAUCGAAGAAGUCAAGAGGGGCGGCCCCGACGGCGACCAUCGACGUGCUCGUGACGUUCGACCAGGGCGGCAUCAGCAAUCACCCGAACCAUCGAUCCCUGUACCACGGGGCUCUGCACUUCCUCCGGACGCUGGUCAAGGACAAGUCCGGGUACAAUUGCCCGGUCACCCUUUACACGCUGACGACGACCAACCUCGUGCGCAAGUACGCCGGCGUGCUCGAUGCGCCCUUCACCAUGGUCCAGGGCGCCUUGAGCUCGAUCAUGUCGGGCUCCGGGGCCCGCGGCUCCAGGGAUCAGCUUCCUUCUCGGCUUCUCUUCGUGAGCUCCGUCAAUGAGUGGUUGACGGCCCAGUCGGCUAUGGUCAAGGCCCAUCAGAGUCAGAUGGUGUGGUUCCGUUGGGGUUGGAUUACGAUCGGGCGCUAUAUGGCGGUAAAUGAUCUACGGCGAGAGGGGAUCUGA